AUGGAACAGGUUGAAGAGCUGCUUACCACGUUCUUCCCACCUCUACCAGCGAGGAUUGAAGAUGAGGGAUUUCAACAACAAAGAGAACCGAUACACAUGCCAGACCUGACUAUGGAGGAGAUUGAGCGGAAAGUAUUCGAAGCCAAACCAUGGAAAGCACCCGGAGAAGACGGCCUGCCAGCAAUAGUAUGGAAGCAGCUCUGGCCAGUGGUCAAGAAUAGGCACAUGAUCAGUGCUUCAGGAGGCUCAAUCACCUUUCUGGAUGACUUUUUAGCCUGGGUAACAGACCCAACUGCUGAGGCAAAUCGAUCUGGCAUUGAGGUCAUAAUUAACAGCGCUCUCAACUGGGAGGAGCGUAGUGGAGCUACAUUCGAAGGCGAAAAGACAGCUAUUGUACAUUUCACUCGAAAAGUUGAUCGGUCAAGCAGAGCUGCAUUCACAGUCAAAGAAGAGUUAGUUGAACUAAAAGAGUAUGCCAAGAUUCUUGCGGUAGUUAUGGACUCUCAAAUACGCUACAAACAACACAUUGCUCGAGCAGCAACUAGAGGGCUAAAGGCCGCUAUGGCACUAAGAAGGCCGAAGGCACUCUGCCCACAAACUGCAAGGCAGCUAUUCACAGCAACAGUGACACCUACAAUAAACUACGCCUCUAACAGAGUGCUGAAGAUAGGGGGUAUAGCAGUCACAGGAGCCUUCCGGACAGUUGUGACGGCAGUCGUAGAAGCUGAGGCAAAUAUUCUCCCAUUCAAAGAACGACACACAGAGAAAACAACAAAGUUGUGGGCUGAUAUCUGCGCACUUCCUGGAACGAACCCACUAAGGGAGCUGAGGGUCACAUUAACUCGGAGGUUCUUCCCACUACAGAGUAUAGCGCAGACACUAGGAAGAGAUGUAGCAGAUAGAAUGGAAACCAUCAACGCGUACGCGGUAUCACCUUGGACAGAUCGACUGCAGAUGAGAGAUGAAUAUGAUGGAGAGAAAGCCAUGGGAAUCGCCAACAGUGCAGAAAGUAUUCUAAUUGCUACUAGCUCGUCCUCCAAGGGUGACAUGGUAGGCAUGGGAGACAGCAUUAAGGAUACCCAGGUCAACAGUGCCGAUGAUGUACUGACUAGCUACACUACGACGCUAUCAAGGCAAACAGAACAGAACCCAUACACAGCUGAGCUGGAAGCGAUAGCCGCAGGAUUAAAACGUAUCCCGCCAUGGGUCUUCAAUAAGCAAGUGACCAUCCUCAGCAGCAAUCGAUCAACAUUAGGUGCCAUUGGACAACAGCGUCAACAGUCUGGCCAAACUUCUUCGGGGAAGGGAAAAUGUGGUCAGCUUACUUUGGGUCCCAGCACAUAUGGAUUCUGCAUUAAGACUGAAAGCAAAAAUGGCCGCUCAAGAUCAACAAGAGAGGUAUUUGAACCAGAAAAGCAAUCAUACCAGGCUAAAUCAACCGCAGUGAGACUUGCUAUUGCCAAACAACGACAUAAGAAAGCCCUUCCAGAUGGAGUGGGUAAAUACUCAAAGACCAUUGACUUAGCAUUGCACAGGUUCUAG